AUGCACGACACCGACUAUGAGACUACUGAUGUGGUUAUCUGUGGGUGUGGUCCGACCGGGGCUAUGCUGUCCGCGUAUCUUGGGCAGAUGUCCAUUCCGCACAUUGUGAUCGAGAAGGAGCCUGAGAUCACUACAGAUCCACGCGGUAUUGCGCUGGAUGAAGAUGGAAUUCGCUCGUUGCAGGGAAUCGGCAUCUAUGAUCAAAUUUAUUCAGAGAUCGGGACUUGCAUGCGCAAAUUCAAAUUCAUAGGAGGAACGGACAAGGUUCUCGACAAGAAAGCCUUCUUGGAAAUGGAGUAUGGCACGACUGAGGGUGGCACUGGCCAUGUUGGAUUCAUAUGCCAUAAGCAACCGAUACUAGAGAAAUAUCUGAGACAAGCAAUGGCCUCAUCCAGCUUCUGUCAGCUCAAAACCAAUUCAAGCAUGGUUAAUAUCCGCGAGGAAGGGGACCAUGUCUACUCACAGUAUCGUGAUUCACAAGGAAAGACACAAAGCCUAAAGUCUCGCUUCCUUGUCGGUGCGGACGGCAAGACAGGCUUUACCAGGAAGAGCUUCCUAGAGCCAUUGGGCAUCCGGAUGGAACAGGCACAUCAAGCAUUCUACGAUGAAACAUGGGUAGCACUGAAUUGGGAGAUCUCACCACCCACGGAAAAGACGCACCCUGAAUUUCCCCUGUGGAAAUUGGGAUACACUCCCGAACAAGUAUAUGAUCUCUUUUUCCCAGAGAGCUUCAGGUUCAUCUGCAAUCCAGAUCGUCCCGCUUUUGUUGUUCUUCCAGGUGAAGAUGGAGAGCAAAUGUCGAAUCAUGAGAACAUUCAAAAAGUUGUAUUCCCCUAUAUCACACACCCUGGGAGUCGAUAUGGAUUAAAUCAAGAUAUUCUGUUCCCCGAAGACUGUAUCCGUGUCCUUCGAUCAAGACCAUUCCGCUUCUCUGCGCGAAGCUGCAAUAAAUGGUCACUUGGUCGUGUAAUCCUUUGCGGCGAUGCAGCACACGUCUUCCCACCAUUCGGUGGCCAAGGAAUUGCAUCCGGCUUCCGCGACGCCGUCUCCCUAGCAUGGCGUCUUGUCCUCCUCUGCCGACGGCAACCUUCAAAGAAGCCGAGCAACCACGAAGAAGUUCUGUCCGGGUGGUAUAUCGAGCGCAAGCAGCAGCUGGAGCGGUCUCUCGCGUCAACGAUCGAGAAUGGCAAUUUCGUGACAGAAGGCAAUCCUCUGAAGAUCUUUAUCCGGGACUGGUCUCUAUACUUCAUGCAAUUUGUUCCAAGUUGGAGGCGUAGUCUGAGGCUUGGACGCAGAAAAGAGGGGCUGGUGCAGUAUAAGUACUCGCCUGGACUACCUUUUGAUCCGACACAUACGGGAGGUAUAUUGCUUCCGCAAGUGUAUUGUAAGGCUGUUGGGAGGUCGGUUGAGGUGUUCUUCUCGGAUGAUAUCAUCUUCAGAAAAGAGAAGAGAGGAAUUUUCCAGCUGCUUGUGUACCUGAGGGAUGUGGAUGAGCUGACUGCUGUUCACGAGACGGUAUCUUGGAUUGAAGAGAUCUCGAAGGGAGAAGUUUAUUGUUCUGAAGUCACAUAUCUGAUUGAGAAGUUUGACGUCGAAUCGCAUGCUGUCACAAAAGAUGCUUCUUCAGUUUACUGUCUGGCUACUGGGGAUGAGUUUGCUGGAUCACCUUUGUGUCGUGGGCGACCGGAGCCAAAGUAUUACGACCCGCUCUACCUUUCCAAGGUGCUGGGAGGGAGAAAGUUUGUGCUGGUUCGACCGGAUCGCUUUAUAUAUGCCGCUUGCGAUGACUUUCCCCAGCUUGAAAAAGUGGUUUCAGAGGCUGUGGCAUACCUGCAUGGAUGA